AUGUUCCUUGCAAGCCGCCACCUUGUAUCCCCAACGUCCAGCCGCUGCCACCACUCCCUUGACGCCGCCUUGAACGGCCGAGAGUCGCCGCCGCUGCACCCACUGUCGACGAAGUCGGGAACCCCGAAGCCAACCCUGUAUGCUGCUGUUUCCCGCGAUAGUGAAGACCGACAUUGUGUGGCCGCUGUAGCAUCUUCUUCUCCGCCACUACUGCGUCUACUAAUCGAUUUCAUAGGUUUCUUUUGUGGGGAUGACUUUGGGCUCUAUAUAACAACAUCUUCAUUCUACUUCAAGACUUACCAAAUAGCUUUAGGAGUAGCACCUGCACUAGCAACAACGGGCAUCAUCGCAUUCUGUUGUAUAUAGCAGGGUUUUCAAUAGGAAUGGGAGCAGCUCUAUGGGUUAUAAUGCUAGAUGUGUGUAGAUAUAUGGAUGUAGAGGUGUAAAAGACAAGAAUAGGGAUUUAUAGUUGUCACCUUCAACUAUGGUACAUUCUAGUCUUUAUUUUAAUAUAUAUUGGUCAACUGUGGCAUUAGUAUCUUGUGAAGUAAUUAAUUGGCCAAUGGCAAUAAUCAAUUACAAAUCAUAUGUGAUUUGUGUGAAUUGACAUAAUAUUUUAGUAAUUAAUUGGAAGCGUAUAACUGCGU